AUGAAACCAUCAAAGAGCCCCUCGGGCCAGAGUAGUGAUAUCAUCCACUUCCGGCAACUGUUACGUCCAGACCCCCUUUGUGGUGUGUAUAAUAGAACAUCUGCUAAGGUCAGUCAACUGCUGUGUAAAGCGUCCUUGGAAAAUGCUACUAAUUCUGUGUCCCAUGUGCCUUCCAUAACAAGCACUGACAGUGCAAGUCUUGAAAAACAGUCCCAUGCUGAGAACUUGUCUCCUUCUAAAUUGGAGCACACUGAUGAUCAUGAAAACCUCAUUGACCUCCAUUCUUCUGAGCCCUCUUUUGAAAGUGAUACUACAGCCAACCUUGUAGAAUCUGGAAACAUCUCCUUUCUCAGCCCAGAUGUCUUGGCACUCCUAGAGAGACAAAUAAAAAAGAAGGGUGAUUUCCUGAUGCAGAAGGAAAAUAAAAAGAAAAACUCUUUUCCAAAAGAACUUAAGCCAGACUACCAACUCAAUUCUUCAGAGAAAAUGUUAGAGUCAGUUGCUGAUCAACAGGACUCACCUGUCUCUCUCCCUUUACAGAGCAGCAAAGACAAAUCAGAGGAAUUGCAGGGACAACACCAGAUCCCAUAUCCUAAGUCCUCUGAGGGUCAUUUACAGCAAAAAUAUACCCAAUUCUUUUGGGGACUCCCAUCUCUGCACAGUGAGUCCUUGAAUCCUAAGGUAUUUGUUUCAGGUGACUCUUCAACCUAUGUCUACUUCAAUAAAAUGUCCAAUUCCAACACAGUGGAUGAAUCUCCAGUUCUACCCCAUCCCCCACCUCUGUCCUUGCCUGAGAUCCAAUCUCAACCCUUGACCCAAACCCCAUCCCAGUCUCAACAUACUCCUCCUCCUCUCCCAUCCCAAGACCAGUUUCAGUCCUCAGUCCCUAUCUUGUUACCACUCCCAUCAUCCCAGGUUCAAAGCUGUGGAGUGUGUUUUCAUAGAUUCCAGGAUGAGGCACAGUCUCUCCUGCCAUCUGAAAUUCACGACUUGGAAUAUAACAAGUUACAGAAAGAACAGGAAAAUGUAUGGGGUUUACCCUCUGUGGUCCAAAAAUCCAAGGAACAGUUUUGUCCUCCAGCUCCCAAUCUUUCAUUGGAUAGGCAGUCCUCCAAGGCUUAUGUUUCACCAUCCAUCCUUCUGGGAGAUUUUCCCUCAAAAAAGCUUCGGAAGAAACUAGAGCACCACCUUCGAAAGAGACUUAUUCAAUACCGGUGGGGUCUGCCCCGCAGAGUCCAUGAGUCUCUGUCAAGUAUGAAUCACUUAGCUGGGUAA